AUGGCCUCAGCAACAACAAGUUUUCGUUUCUUGACCAUGGCAAUCUUGAUGAUUGUCGGAACCCUUGUUUUCAGAGAUCAUAGGGUGUCAGCUCAGUGUGAAACUAGUAUUCCUAGCUUGAUAUCCCAAUGCUCCAAAUAUGUUCAAAAAUCAGGGCCAGAAGAACCUCCAUCCCAAAGUUGCUGUAAUGUUGUAACACAUCUUGAUAUUCCAUGCAUUUGCAAGUAUGUUACUCCUAAGGUAGAGGAGAUUGUUAGUGUAGAGAAGGUGAUGUUUGUAGCUCGAUCCUGUGGCCUAACUCUUACGCCUGGAAUGAAAUGUGGAAGUUUUGUUGUUCCACCUGUUUGA